AAGUCUCCCCACUCUCUCUUUUUUAAUCUCAUUUUUCUACAUAUCUCACUCGCUCUCCCUCCCUCUCCCUCCGUAAAGCUUUCCACCACCAAUCUACACCGCCACCUCAACCACCAGUGUCCAUUCGUUUCCUAUUAUCCACAUCUUCCAUUUCCACUUUCUUCCCAUUCCUUCCAAGGCAAAAAACCAAGAAGAUUAUAAAAACAAGGAGUAUAUUCAAGAGAAUUGUAUUGUAUUAUGGCAUCGUUGAUCUCAAGCCUCGAAUCAAAUUCAGACACGUCGCAAGAGUUCAAGCAGGGGAAGAAGCGAAGAAAACUCUCUCACGAGACGCAGGAUCACAGCCAAAACGACAGUACGAACAACAGAAUCGUCAACAAAACAAGGUGGAAAACUCAAGCAGAGCAGCAGAUCUAUUCCUCCAAGCUUCUCGAAGCUCUCCGCCGAUCUCGCCGUACCAACUCGACUACGCCGGCUGCGAAAGGCCGAGUAAUCAGAGAAACUGCCGACAGAGUCCUUGCUGUAGCAGCAAAAGGCACGACCCGGUGGAGCCGUGCAAUUCUGGCGGGAAGGCUCAGGUUGAGGAGGGUUAAAAAGGUUAGGAAAGUGAAGGUAACAGAAGAGAGCCGGUUGAGUAGGAAGGAGGUGGCGAGAGGGAACAGGAGGUCGCCUGUUUUGGAGGACAGAGUGCGUGUUUUGAGCCGGUUGGUUCCUGGUUGCAGGAAGGCGUCGUUUACCAGUCUUUUAGAGGAAGCGAGUGAUUAUGUCGCGGCUUUGCAGAUGCAGGUCAAAGCCAUGACGGCUCUCACAGAUAUUCUCGCCGCCGGUGAGGCCGCUACGGUUGAUUCCCAAGCUGGGUGAAUUUGCCGGUGACAACUUGUUAGUUAUGCCAGGUGUUAUUAAAUUUUUUUUAAUUUUAUUUCUUGUAUUUUCUUUUUCUUUUAUAUUAUUUCUUGAUUAUUAAUUCAUGUACUUUAUUGUAUACGUGACUUUCUGGGGGUAUUUUCUUUUCA